AUGAAUCUUCGUGCUCAACGGGACGCUUAUAAAACAAAAGUGAAUGACUUAGAAAAAGAAAACGUGAAAAUAAAUGAACAGAUUGCGGAGCAUAUCGUUAAAGCGUCUAAAACCGAAAGUAAAGUUAAUAGUACAUUAGUAGAUCUCGAUUUUUGCAAAACUGAACUUCAAAGUUUGAAAAAUCUUCAGUUAAGUAAAUCGGCAACAUUAGAGACUUUGAGAUUGGAAAAGGACACACUCACCACUCAGUUAGUAGAGAGAAAAGAAAAGAUUGAAGAGUUGGAAAAGGAAAUUUUACGUUUGAAGUCUGCGCUGACUACUAAAAGUGCUCCAAAUCCAUCUGUGCCAUCAAAGGUUACCCCAGCAGCUCUACCACCUAAAUUAAGCCCAGCAUUAAAUGUACACAAUCCCAUCAAUGAUCCUGUGUUGGAAAAUGAUGCUAAAGAGGAAAUUGAAGACCCCAAUGCAUUAAAUGAUGGAAAUGAUUUUGACCAACAAGUA